UUCGGAUUCUGCCCAUGACCACCCAACAGCUCGCAGUCUACGACUCCGGCUUUUUUCGCAGCAGCAACAGCAACAUCAACCAUGAAAUUGACGAAUCCAGGGCCAAAUCCUGUAUACACUGUCGCGGGGCCCUUGACGGCCCGGCCGCUGCCAGACUGGCUUGCGCGCCGCAGGAAAAGAUCGUCUAAAUAUGACGCCGAGAAUCUCAACAACUUUGAACUAUUGCAAGAGUUUGAGUUUGAGGAGGCCAGCAACUGCGUCCGAGUCAGCGAAGAUGGCAACUGGAUCAUGAGCACGGGGACAUACAAGCCCCAAUUCCAUGUCCAUUCGACGCAAGAGCUAUCCCUGUCCUUCUCCCGCCAUACGAAGUCCGAAAAUACAACAUUCCUCCUUCUCAGUUCGGACUACUCGAAGAGUGUACACCUACAGUCUGACCGGUCGCUGGAGUUCCACACGCCUAUGGGAUGUCACUACGAAGUCAGGCUUCCGAGGUUCGGCAGAGAUUUGGCGUAUCUGCGUCAGAGCACAGAAGUCCUUAUUCCUGCCGUCGGGCUGAGUUCGGAUGGGUCUGGGUAUGGCGAGGUCUUCCGACUCGACCUAGAGAGGGGCCAGUUCCUCCGGCCUUGGCAGAUUGAUGUGGGUGACGACGAACCGGGGAGUGGGUUGCAGGGAAGCGUUCACGCGGGUGCGGUCAACGUUGCCGCAGUUGCAGAGAGGACCCACGGCCUAUGCGCAUUCGGUACAUCGAUCAGCACCGUUGAAUUCUACGACCCCCGCAGCAAGGGCCGCGUUGCUGUCCUCGGAGGCCACGACGGCGAGGUGACUGCACUAGACUACAGCGAGGAUGGUCUCUCCCUUGCUCUGGGAACAAGCACCGGCCAGAUCCGCCUAUUCGACCUCAGAAACCCGCGUCCGCUCAUGAAGAAGGACCAGGGGAUGGGGCUGCCCAUCAAGAACUUGAUUCACCUGAAGACGCCCACCGAGGAGCGCAAGCUUCUUUCGGCCGACAAGCGGAUCAUCAAGAUCUGGGACGAGCAGAGCGGAGAUUUGUGGACCUCGGUUGAGCCGUUAGUCGAUCUCAACUUUGUCACCCAUGUCCCAGACUCGGGCAUGAUCCUGACCGCGAAUGAGGGAAAACAGAUGCACUGCUUCUUUAUUCCCAAUCUGGGUCUUGCGCCAAGGUGGUGCCACUUCUUGGACAAUCUGGUCCACGAAAUGGAGAACGAGACACACACCGAGACUUACGACAACUACAAGUUCUUGACCAAGCCUGAGCUCAAGUCCCUCAGCUUGGACCACCUUAUCGGAAAGACCAACCUACUCCGUCCGUACAUGCACGGCUACUUCGUUGCUGCUAAGCUGUACGACCAGGCCCGUCUCAUUGCCAACCCAUACAUUUGGGAAGAAGAGCGUGCCAAGAGGAUCAAAGAGAAGGUUGAAAAGGAACGUGCAAGCCGCAUCAGAGGAGUCAAGAAGGUCAAGGUCAACCAGAAACUGGCAGACAAGAUCCUUCAGCGGCAGGAGAACAGAGAAAAGGUGGACACGGCGGCCGGUGUCCUUGGGGACGAUCGUUUCGGCAAGCUCUUCGAGGACGAGGAGUUCAAGGUGGACGAGACCAGCUAUGAGUUUCGAGCCCUCAAUCCAAGCACCAAGGUGGAGGGCGGCCCAGACCGGGACAUUCGCAUGGGUGGUGGCGAGACCAGCGACGAAACCAGCGACUCGGAGGCCGAGAGCGAGCGUAAGAAGCCUAAGGACGGCGUGGUCAUGCAGGUAUCUUCCUCGAAAGCACAAGGCGGGAAAAUCAGGGACACGGCCAUCGGCGACAGGGCACAAAAACAGACACGUGCGGCGAGGGUCCGGACCGGCGACAUCGUUGGAGAACAACAAAUCACAUUCGUACCGGAAUCGAAGAAGAAAAAGAAGCCGCAGCCAUCAGCACCGCCGGCGAACAAGCGCCAAGAUAGGAGAAGCGCGAGUACCAACACCUUCCGCCGAUUAUAGACGCCAGCUCUGCUUCCGUUCCAGCCGUAUAUUAUACAAGAAAAGUCGUGAUACCCUGGGAUCUGUUCCCUUAAUCGUCAAUCAACUCGGUGUUUUGC